AUGCAAGCACCGUUUUUACUGUAUAGGAAUUCAAAAAGUAAAAUAUUCGGAAUUUGGUUUUUUAAUAGAGAGGAGUGUAUUCGUAUUACCGUUUUAGUAGAAUCUAUCAUGAAAGGUCUAAAAGACACUGGUGAUGAGAAAUCGAAAAAGAAAGGAAAUAAUGUUGAUAUAUUUAGUAUGUUAAGUAAAGCUCAAGAAGAUUUUAAUAGAACUCCAACCAAACAAGACGCAGUUCCAACAUUUUCUUCAACUCCUAGGGUUCCUGAUGUUACAUCUCAAAGUGUUAUGGACUUUUUUGCAAAAGCUAGUACAAAUACAGGUCAGAAACCGGUUAAUACAGAAGAAAAUGUAUUGCAGAUCCGUUUUUUAUUAGUUUUGCUAGAUUCACAGAAACCCCAUCUGAUGACUCCUAUGAUGUUCACAACCCCAAAACCCAAAGACAAUUUGGACAGCUCAACAACCGAUGCAGACCAGAUUGAUUUACUCACGGAAAAACAAUUAGCCCAAGCCCUUAUUUAUCUUUUAAAAAACAACGCCGAUUUCACUAAACAAAUUCACGAAGCUUAUGUAAAGUCAAUAAUGGAAAAAGUUAAUCUUAGUACAAGUAAAUCUUUUAUAUAA